AUGAAGGACGAAAGCGGCAGCGAGAAUCUGCACAUGGAUGACAGACUAGCACCGCAACUCAAGUUCGCAGAUCCGAAGCUGCCCGUCGCCAUGCCGCCGAAACCCUCCGUCGAGGUCAAGUCGCAGCUGCAGCAGACAUGGAACACCAAGAACUUGGGCCUACGGCUCGCCGCUGACUUUGCCAGCGCGGCUUGCGCCGCCUCCAUGGUGGCGCCCUUGAUCUCCGUCAUCGACAGGUCCAUCAUGGAAAACGCCUCGGGCCGUCAGACCAUGUCCCAGGCCCUCAAGUCCGUGCUAGGCACCCUCCUCACCCGCCCACACACACUGCUCUUCUCCAAGCCGGUCGCGCUGAUCUUCAUGGUGUACGGCGGCACCUACCUCACGGCCAACACACUCGACACAGCGACGUCCACGCUACAUAACAAGCCGGCCUCGCACGUGGCCGCGGGCCCGCUCAAGUUCGCCUCGGGCAGCGCCGCCAACGUCGGCAUAGGCAUCUACAAGGACCAGGUGUACGUGAAGCUGUUCGGGCCCUCAGGCCCGCCGCGGCCGGUGCCGCUGCCGAGCUACGUGCUGUUCACGCUGCGCGACUGCAUGACCAUCUUCGCGUCCUUCAACGUGCCGCCGCUGCUGGGCCCGGUGCUGAGCGCGCGCAUGUCGGCCGAGCUGCAGAAGCAGGUCUCGGGCCAGACGCUCGCCCAGUUCGCCGCCCCGGCCGCCGUCCAGCUGUUCAGCACGCCCCUGCACCUGCUGGGGCUCGACCUGUACAACCGCCCGGCGCAGACCUGGGCCGAGCGCCUCGCCGCCGUCCGGAAGAACUGGGCCGUCAGCGUCGCGGCCCGCGUGUGCCGCAUCGUGCCCGCGUUUGGCUUCGGCGGUACCGUGAAUGUCAAGGUGCGGAAGAACCUGAUGGAGAAGCUGGCGUGA